AUGGCGGCGAACAACAACAACAACAGAUCCUCCGAUCACGACACAGACGAGAACAACAACACACGUCUCUACAACCCUUACCAAAACUUCGAAGUCCCAAUCAAAUCACAAUACCUCUACAAGCUCCCCACCUCCCCCGAAUACCUCUUCACAGAGGAAUCCCUAAAGCAACGCCGCACCUGGGGAGAGAAUCUCACCUUCUACACAGGCACAGCUUACCUCGGCGGCUCUGUAGGCGGCGCCACGGUGGGGAUCUUCUCCGGAGUCAAGAACUUCGAAUCCGGCGACACGACGAAGCUGAAGAUCAACAGGAUCUUGAACUCUUCUGGUCACACGGGGAGGACUUGGGGGAAUAGGGUUGGGAUCAUUGGGUUGAUGUACGCUGGGAUUGAGAGUGGUGUUGUGGCUGCGUUGGAUAGGGAUGAUGUUUGGACUAGUGUGGUCGCUGGUCUUGGGACUGGUGCGGUUUUUAGAGCCGCGCGUGGGGUGAGAUCCGCGGCUGUGGCGGGGGCGCUUGGUGGUUUGGCUGCUGGGGUUGUUGUUGCUGGGAAGCAAGUUGUGAAGCGGUAUGUGCCCAUUUGAUGAUGAAGAGAGAAAGAUUGUUGCUUUUUGGAAUAUUUUUUGAUAGGGAGGGAGAGAGAGAGAGAUGUUGAGUUUGGAAUCAUAAAGAUGAAAACUUUGAAUAACAAACCUUUUUUUAUUUAUAUGAUGAUGACACUAUCAAGAAUUGUAUUGGUUCUUGAUGAUAGUUUACUGUCUGAUAAGUUAAGUCUUCUUUGCGUAUUGCUAAUGUUUGAUCUUUAUAUGUGUUGUAUCAGUCUUUCAAAUGGAACUCUUUUCUUUUGUUAAGUUUAUGCCUAUUCUUGUACUUGUCCUUAUUGUCUCUCACUGUUUCACUUUCUUGACUCUUGAUUGUAAUAAGAAUAAUGACUAUAGAUGAUAGUGAUCCUCA